CCCCGACCAGCUGCGCUCAACUCAGCAUCAUCCUGUCUAUCUACCCAUUGAGUCUUACGCCCCCGUCCUUUGCGCUGCGCAUUCGUUGCUCUUUCAAAGUGCACAGCUUAGGAUUACAACGGAAUUGAGCACUCCAGUUAGCGGGAUUUAGAAGCGCCAGCCCGAUUCGACCCGGACUACACAUCCGCCCUCAUACGCCAUUUGCAUUUUGCGCCUAUUAUUCUCCUACUGUCCACUUCCUUAUAAUUAGCGGGCUCAGCACAACCCAUACUCAAAACCAAAUUAUGUCGACCGAUUACAGCAAGAAGACCAACGCCGAGCUGGUCGAGAUCCUCAAGUCUCGGAGUCUCCCUCACAACGGCAAGAAAGCGGAGAUGGUGGCUCGUCUUCAGGAGGAUGAUAACAAGGCAGCGGACAAUGCGAAAACAACCACGGAAGGUGCGGCUCCAGCUGCGGCGGAUGAUGUCAUUGACUGGGAGGAUGAUGAAGUCCCUGCUACGGAGGCCGCUGCGAAGAGCUCCACAGAGGCUGGAGCUGCCGCCAUCGCAGCUGGCGGAAAGGGGGAGGUGGCCAAUCCUGUUGCAGUACCCAACCAGAAGCUAGACACCGAUCCUGCCACCACGAAUGACCUCAAGGUCGAGUCGGUGGGUGCUGCUGCCUCCGCGCAGGAAAAGCCCGAGGCCGCCACGGAUGCUGCCGCUACCGCUACUACCACAGAAGAGGCAGAGCAAAAGCCGGCCCCAAGCUUCGCUGCGGGUCUCCCGGUCACGGAGAUGGAGGAGGAGCUGAAGAAGCGCAAGGCUCGGGCGGAGAAGUUUGGAAUUACGGAGGAGUCCAAAGCUGCUAUCGAAGCUGCGGAGAAGCAGCUGGAACGGGCGAAGCGAUUUGGAACAGCUGCCAUCGCUGCUCCCACUACAGAGGUUGGAGUGAAGAGGCUGGAUGAGGCACUUCCGGAGGAAAAGCCGCGCAAGCGCGGUCGUGGUGACAACGAGCAAGGUGGUAGUCAGGGAGGGAAGAGACGCGACUUUGGCGGCCGGAAUAAGUCCCGGCGCCAGGGGCGUGGGAAUCGCAACCAAGGCCAAGGCCAGACCCAGCGUCAGCAGCAAAAUGGAAGCGGAAACAAGAGUAGUGGCUGGAGUGAAAAGGACGCCCAGGCCAUGGAAGCCAGGAAGAAGAGAUUUGGUUAGGCUGUUUCGAGGCUAUCCUGCUUGUUGCUUUUAUUCUUCGUCUCAUCUGGUUUCCAUCUCAUCGGCGUUUUAGGGGAAUUCAAUAUCGAUUAUGAGACUUCUUUACUGGUGGGCUAAGGCAUUUUGAAAGAAGUUGUGAUGUUUGUCAAUAUUAUUCUGUAGUAUGAUAGGACGGCACCAUGGAAGCUCGACCUGGUCAAUCAGAUCGGCCAAGCGCUAUUGUACCGUGCGGCAGUCGUACAGUCCGACCGGGCUGCUGGGUUGAGAAGAGUGGGACAGAAACCACCAAAGCUUUCUCUCUUCGUCGACAACCAAACUCUCAUCGGAGAUUGGUGCUGAACGAGGACAAAGAACCGUUCAGGGUGACAUCCAGUUGAAAAUCUGUUUGCUUCACUUUUCUUUCCUGGCCAUGUGCUAUGUUCACUCAAUUCUUGCGAGACUCAAGCAGCCCGAACUUGGAGA